AUUUCCUUCCUCAUUCGUUGCAUUCAUCUCGUCGCAGCAUGUGCAGCGCCCAGCCCACUGGCGAUGGGCCAUAGUCAUUCUAAUACGCUACUAACACCAUCUCCGGAGAACUGGACACUCGAAUGGUCUUCCCUAACGACUGCAAGCUCUUCAAACGUUUGUCGCCUGACCUACAUGCAUGUAUCGACGAAGCUGCCGCCCGCAUCUAGGAACCGGUGCCUCGCACUUUCCGGAAACCGACAUGGAACUCUCGAAUGAACGCUGCCAGUUUUCUGCCCUUCCUCGACGCAUAUACGCACGCACAUCUACGGCGCUCUCCACCCGCACCGUCCACGCAGUCGUUUCUAGUACCACAAUCCGCGGUCCAAACCGCCGAGAAGUCCAUUUCGUCUCGUGCUGAGCACGUCUGCGAUUCAUGCCCUCGUGAGGGCGCGGUCCCGAUUAGCGGAGAGCGUCGUGGGGGUAAUGUAGGAGGACAAGUCUAGGGGAGGCUGCCAAGGCAGAGAUACGAGUGGGCAAUCUGUGACGCGUGUUGUCGCAUGGGUGCACGUUAAUGCAUUCCCUCCCUCUCUCGAUUUGUGGCUUGGUGCGGUGGGUACACACACCGUGGGAGUAAGCUCCGCGGUCAGCCAUUUCGCCUGGCCCAUGGUGCUUCUCUGACUCCUGUUCGUGGUCUAGCUUCAGUCGGUCGUAUGUUCGUUUGGGGAAUCGGCUUUCUCUCAGAUAAGAGACUGCGUGGGACAAGCGCUUAUAAGGAAUGCUGCAAUCUGUGGUACCGCAAUCCAGCCGGCAGGUUCUUGCUACGAUGUGGACGACGACCGUCUUCCUCCUCGUCAUCUCUUUUGUGCUCCACAGUUCCGCUACUCCAUUCCCCACAAGCACCGACCCCGUCAUUAUACCGCUUCGCCCCAGAAAGUCGCUGACCACUGCGAAUGGUGACUUUGACCGAGACCAAGCGAUUGCGGAGACUGUAAAGACUGUCAACAAACACCGGCAGAAUCUGAUCAACCUCAAGCACAACAUGGGCGUCGAGUUGUUCAAUCCAGUGUGUUUCUCGGGCUGUCCAGUGUACGUCGGCAUUGACAGCUACGCCAGGGCGCAGAGAUUAAGGAUCCCACGGUCGUUCCCCGCGAUAUCGAAUCUCGGCGGAUAGACAAGCGUCAGCGGGAGUCCCUCGUAAACCAGCAAGAUACGGAGUGGACUGGCGCGAUAUCGAUUGGCACCCCUGCGACAACGUUUGUCAUCGACUUUGACAGUGAGAGGCCUCCCUGCGAGGGGGAGCGAACUGGGUCUCACACUUCGCAGCGGGAUCGUCCGACCUCUGGGUGCCUUCAAGCAGCUGCAAGUCCUCUGCAUGCCCCGUCCACGCGAGGUACGACCCCAGCCGCUCAUCGACUUCGACUCAGAAGUCGGGCGAGUUCUCGAUCGAAUACGGUGACGGUUCGACUGUUUCAGGCCCCAUCUACACUGAUACAGUUACCGUCGCGGGAGUCCAGGCGAAGAAUCUCUACCUCUCUGGUGCCACGACCGUCUCAGAUGCGUUCAUUGAAGACCCGGCUGACGGUGUCUUGGGCAUGGCGUUCUCCGAGAUAUCCAAUAUGCAGCAAGACCCGUUCUUCAUGACCGCUUACCACCAGGGCGCCGUCGCCAUAAAUCAGUUUUCGUUCUUUCUCGCUGGCGACGGAUCACAGCUGUACCUCGGUGGGGUCGACGGCACCAAGUACACCGGCGGGAUCGACUUCCAUGCGCUGUCUUCGUCCGCUGGAUUCUGGCAGAUCUCUGUUGCCGCCGUCAAAGUGGACGGUGAGUCCACUGGCGUCGGUGGUCACGGGUUUGAGGCGAUAAUCGAUUCGGGGACCACCCUGAUGUAUGGUCCACCUGCGCUUGUUGCAAAGAUCUACGCCAAAGUGCCUGGCUCGCGGCUAUUUGACAAAAACCAGGGAUACUACUCUUAUCCCUGUAAUUCUCCGCCGCGUCUUUCCUUUAGCUUUGGCGCUCGAGACUGGGACAUCUCGCCCGACACCAUCGGACUAGGUCCGACGGCAGUGGGAUCGACGGAGUGUGUCGCGUCGCUCGUCGCUCAAGACAUUGGUCUGGGAAGGAAAGUUUUCCUGCUCGGUGAUGUGUUCAUGCGCAACUCGUAUGUGGUUUUCGAUGCAGGAGAGAAGGCGGUUGGAUUCGCGCAGCUUUCUUGAUUCGAAUAUGUGAUGUGAUACAGACGUGUUCCACUUUAGAUAUGUCCCUUUGUGAAGGCUGACGCUAGUCUAUGAGAUCGAAUCAAGUCGUGAGUCCACGCACACAAUGGGUUUGCUCAGAAAACUCCCCAACGACUGAUCGAAACGGUUCCAUAUGAGAUCCACCCUUCCACUGGCAUCGCUUUAUAAUCUUAUCAGUCAUCAUUUUAUGAGAUGAGAUGAUUAUCAAAAUGCCUCGACAUCUUUCAUGACUGUAUCUUCCCCGAGUGGACUAGGAAGUACGAUUACAUCUAUCCAAUGAUCAUCAGUACGCGCAUUUAUCAGCAUAGGACUCGGGCGGGCGCGCUGGCUUGGCAGAUGGACGUCGACGGACAGACAGUGGACAGAUCUUGAUGAUGGAUGCGCGUCUCGGAGUCUCCAAGUCGGGCUCUCGAUGAGUGGAGCUCCUGCGCUGAGGAGAGCUCUUCUCGUUACAGACCCUGACGCGCGACAGAUGUCAGAGAUUGAUUUCCCCCAUCUCACCGGUGUGCAUGUGGGACUCGAUCUUCGGGGAAGAGUUAGGUGAGCGUAGACUCUUAUGCAAAGAGUGUAACUGCAACAAACUCCCAGACAUCCAUAUCAGCUACGGGAACUGCUAUCCAGUUCUUGUGUCUCCAAGGGCUCGCAUGUGUCACGUAGGGGUAUGAGUCAUGUACGAGGCCACACACGAGCGAGGCUGAGCUAGAUCUCGGUACCACAUGCAAGUUACUAUUCUUGCCCCCCGCUCGACAGCUGACAAGGCAGUUCAGUCAGUCAGUCAGCGCAACCUACGUGCGCAUCUGCAUACACAGACAUGCGGCACCAAUCGUAUAAGAUGCGCGUGCCACUGCCUUACUCCACAUACUUUCCCCUUCCCCAUUCCCACUCCCGUUCUCGUUCGAUUUCGCUUUCGUUUUGAAACCCGUUCAGUUUCCCUCCUUCCUUCAGUGACAUUCCAGCCUUGAUUCGGCUACACACAAUCUUUCUCAAACACGAGAUGCUCACGAUACGAUUCUCGACUCUCCUGCAGUUCACACUACUGGCCACGGCCGUCUUGAGGACGGACGCAGCGCCACUGGAUGUGCACAACGAUGUUCACGCGCGUGCCGUGCUGGGAUUCCUGGAUGCCGCAUCCUGCUCGAACAUCACGACAGGUCUCUCCGGCGGCCUUUCCUCUGCCCUCUCCGUAUUGUCCACGAUCAAAACGUCUGACAUCAACAUUGCGAAAGACCUCGCCGCGCUCCAAGGGUUUCUGACCACCGCGAAUGGCGUCGGACAAGCCGUUUCGGGUGCCUGCUCAGCUGCAUCGGCACAGGGUAAAGCCGCGACACCCGCCCAAAGUUCUGCUGCUGCUGCCGCCGCCGCCAGUGCAACCCAAGCACUCGCACAAGCUGCUGCCCUUGCCGCCGCUGCCCAGAACUCCCAGGUCGUCGCAGCCAGCGCGAUCCUCGCCAAAGCACAGACCGUGGCGAAGGCACCUGCAGCUGCAACUCAAAGCGCAGCCGUUGCUGUUGCCGUGCCUGCGAAAACAACGGCGCAGGCUGCUGCCGUCAAGACGCCCACUCAAGCUGCCGCCCCCGCCGCGCAGCCGACACAAGCCGCCGCACAAGCUUCGGCUGCGAACGCGAUCGUCGCACAGGCGCAGGCACAGGCUUCGUCCAUCCUCGCCCAGGCAGAGGCCAAAGCUUCUCAGGCGAUCGCUGCCGCCGUCGGUGCCGCCGCUGCCAAGGCCACUCAGGCCAACAGUUCGCUCGGCAGCCAGCUCAGCUCUGCGGCCAAGGCUGCGUUGGUGAAGGCUGAGCAAGCCGCCCUCGCGAAGGCGCAGCAGGCGGCGCAGUCAGCGAUUAGCAAGCUCCUCGGGGGUGGGGGGAAGAAGAGCAGUGGCGGUAGUGGUGCUAAGAGCGGUGGGGGAGGUGGUGGAGGCAAGGGUGCUGCUGCCGCGAAGACGACCCCGCCGCCCACUGCCACGACGACUGCGUCGGAUUCGAGCGAGACCUCGACGGAUGUGCAGACGGGUGGAAGCACGGACGUGCAGCCGACUUCGACCGACCCGAGCACGGAUGCGACGUCGACGGACGUGCCCACCACAACGGACAGCGCCGCUGCCGAUGCCACCUCCACCGAUUCGAGUGCGGACGCGACUUCGAACGAUUCUUCUGCGGACGCCACUGCGACGGAUUCCAGCACCGAUCCUUCCGCGACCGACUCGAGUGCCGCCGCCGACGCGACAGCCACUGACACAGCCGAUGCGACGGGAACCGAUACAUCCGCCGGUGCUACUGCCACAGACGAUGGAUCUGCUACUGCAACCGACUCGGCCGAUUCGUCCACCGCGACUGAUCCUUCUGCCACCGACGCUGCAACUGCUGCUGAUGCGACUGCGACAGACGAUGGGUCCGCUUCUGCUACUGAUGGGACCGCUGAUGCCGCCACUGCCACCGACGCCGGAUCAGCUGCUGAUGCGACUGCCACGGAUUCGGCCGACGCAGCUGCUGCCACCGAUCCUACUGCCACGGACACGACGGAUCCUGCCGCAGCUACCGACGCGACUACGGAUCCCUCUGCGACCGACGGUGCCAGUGACCCGACUGCCACCGACUCAACGACGCCUGCGGAUCCGAAUGCCGCCACAGACCCCAAUGCCGCUGCAUCGGACCCCACUGCCGACCCGAACGCCGCCACCGCGACCGACCCCACCGCGGAUCCCACUGCUGAUCCCACCGCGUCUGACCCGACUGCGGCCGACCCGACUGCGUCUGACCCCACUCUCUCUGACCCGACUGCGUCUGAUCCUUCGCUCUCUGACCCGACUGCGUCGGACCCUACGCUCUCUGACCCUACCGCAUCUGAUCCCUCGAUCGACGACACCUCCAGCACUGACACGUCUUCUUUCGAUGAUGGCUCCUCUUCGUUCGACGACGGCUCCUCUUCUUUCGACGAUAGCUCCUCUUUCGACGACUUUGGCGGAGGUGAUUUCGGCGGGGACGACUUUGGUGGCGAUUUCAAGCGCCGUAGUGUAUCGCGGGUGAUGCGCUCGUUGUUCGUGUAGACUGUGUUUUAAAUAUUGCUAUUCGUAUUCUUGCUUUUUGAAAUUAUAUCUUGUUUUGGGCUUUGCAUCUAUGGCAUGUUUCUGCUCAACG